CUUUGGAGCGAUACUUCGCGGUCGCAGUCGACGUCGCGCUGUCACCGCUGGCGGCAGGGGCAGUUAACUUCUCGCUGUUAACGUGGCUAUAAUUGCAAGACGCAAAGAAAGCAGUUUUAAUUGUUGUAAACAAGCGCGCGAGUUCGGUUCAUUUGGCAAAACAAAACAAACGGCCAGAAGUUCUCCGCGAGUUGUUCAAUCACUUGUUAUUGUUGAUAGAGGUCGUGAAAAUUGAAUUGAAAAGUUUACUGCGAGUGGCGCCAAACGUUUAACGUACAAAACGGUUAUGUCAAUCAGCCAGUAAAGAAGUUAUACAAAAACAAAUAUACACUUUAAGUGAAAAUUAUUUAUGAACGCUGUCUGUAAAAAGUAAUAAUUCAUGAAAAAGCUUCCUACUUUUCAAUAUUGCAUGUUUGUUGAUUUGCUGUCUUUUUAAUUUAACAGUGAUCACAGUUGUAAAGAUUAUUCUGAAAGGCGGAAAAAUAAAAACAGAGAGCUAUUAUUAAAAAGUAUACGUAAAGUGGAAUUCCUAAUGCCAUGUUAAGAUAGACAGCCGAAGGAGACAUAGUAUACUAUAUAUAGUAUGUGCAUACGCUUAUUGCUAAGAUAAAUUCCCCGCCAGCAAAACAGCAAAGAGCAAAAAUAUAAGGGAAACAGGAGGGCUUAAUGCCAACGACCAAUAUUUGAACAACAAAUCAGCAAUGAGAGCCGCGAUACAGAUACAAUUUUCAACAAAAUCCGUACGAGAUGCGUGAGGCGAAUUAACACCGGUGCGUUAACACAAUUAGUUGAAAAGUGAAAAACGACAUAGCGCAGAGCCAGGAGAUUAAAUAAAAUAAAACCUAUAUGCCGUUCGGGAGUGUCGACAAAAAGCGGGCCAGCAAAUUUGCAACUUUACACUCGACGGCCGUUUUCAGUCGCGUAAUGAAGCUCCAGCAUCGCGGCUGACUCGAAGAAAGAAACACAUGUGCCAGAAACUGAAACUAAAGUGCUAAAAAAAUAUUGCCAACAAAAAUACAGUUCUAAACCAUGGCUGACUUACUGAAGGCCCUGAAUAUCACGGGCAGCCUGCUGGCAGGCCUCGAAGAUACCGGCAAUCUAACGGGUGCAACUGCAACCUCAACGUCCACGACGGUGAGCGAAGGCCUCAACGGCACGGCAACGACCUUGGAUGCCACAUCCACGAGUAGUGGCGAAAAACUCGAUCUUGGCGGCUUCGACUUGCCUGGGAACUACUCGAUACUCAUUAACAAGCUGGAGCAGCUGGCCCUGGGCUUGGACUCGGCCCUGGGGAAUUUCACCAUCGACCGCCAGGAGGUCGAGAUCAACCUGAGUGGCGGCGCCUCCGCGAACGAGGUGGCCGACGUGGCCGACGACCUCUUCGACGUACUGCCAGCUGCGCGGGCUCCUCCGCCGCACAUUGCCCACGGAUCGAGGAUAUACACCGGGGACGAUGGUCAGGACUUCGCCCAUGUGGUCAGCGACAUCUGGAUCGGGGUCAUCCUCACGCUGCUCAUCGUCUUCGUGAUAUUCUUCAUUUGCGCUUGCUUCGUCUACCACAAGUUCCAGCAGUGGAAGAACUCAUACCGUGCCAAUCACAGUGAUCCGACGAUUGAGAUCUGUCGCCGCUGCCCGCCGGACUACGAGGCGGAGUCGCUGCCCUCCUACACGAUUGUGUCCGGCCUGCCCACCUACGACGACGCCCUGGAGGAGUUCCGCAAGGCGGGCAUCAUCCUGACCCCCGCCGUGGUGCCGAUCAUCAAGAUAUUCGAGUGCAACGAGACCGGCAAGGAGCAGGCCGUGGGCUACAGCCUGGUGGAGACGAACGCGUCGGCUGCUGGCGAUGGCGGAGCGGAUAACGUGUCGAUAGCCUCCACCACCUGCAACUGCGGCAACUCCUCGCCCACCUCCUCGCUGCCCAGCUACAGUGCCGCCACCGCAGCUGCCCUGGCCGUGGCUGCAGCUGCUCCUCCCCAGGUGAUCGAACUGUCGCCGGAACACCUGGCCUCCCUGUCCCAGAAGCGACUCUCCCUGCAGAUCUCAUUCAACAACUCGGUGCGUCGGCAGUCGCCGCUCAGGAAUCAUCUGCUCAGAUCCCGGGCGGUGGGGAACUCCGCCGGAAUGGUGCCUUCGGAGGGGCCGACCGCCGUCCACGGGGCAGGAGGUCACGGCGGACAUGGCGGAGGCGUCACCAUCCUGCCCGCCCUGCAUCGCUCCACCUCCACCAUUUCCCUGUCCAACGAACGCCAGUUGCUGGAUCAACGCCUCAGGCACUUGCAUCAUCGCGGCUCCCUCUACUGAGAACCUCAGUCGAGCAUCCGAACUGCCUGACUAUUCCUUCCUAAAGGGUAUUCCCUACGUUAUUCAUACCCCAAGAGUUGUUAGCUUUAAGACACAGACACAAUAAAAAUACGUUACUUUAUGAA